UGUAUAUACAUAAUAAAUGCUGUCAUGGAAACUGCAAUGAAUAAGAUGAAUAUUGUAAUUUCAAAAUCAUAUGUUUUUGUAAAACUAAAAACAAAAAUUUAUUGUUGUUAUUUGUAUCAAAUUUUCAUUAAUUCUUUAACAUUAUUAUUACACUUUCAUAACUAUCUAAAUGAAAUAUCUCAAAAAUCCACCAUUUUCUAACUCUUGUACUAUACAAAAACAUAUGUUUUUUUUUUCUUUUUCUUUUGUUUUUUUAAUUAUACAUUGCAGUUUCCAUGACAGCAUUUAUUAAAUAAAAAAAGAAAAACCACUAGUCAUUAACGAGUGUGAUUUUCAACUUGUUAUUAUUUCUAUCAUUUGUAAUUUGAUUACCUAUGGCGAUAAAACACAAUAAUGGUAAGUGUGAAUUACGUGAAAUGAGUAAUUUAACCAACAGCUAUCCACCGGUAUUGACCGGCAAUAACCAGCAUUAUAUAAAUAAGCAAAAAUAUAGGGCCAUUAAAAAUACAGUGACCAAAAUGUCAUCUAACCAGAACAAUUACAUGAAGAGAAAAAUGGAUGAUUCUGGAAGGAUUGAGGCAAAAAACCCAAACUUGGAUGAUCUUGGUGGUAAGGGUUGCACUCAUCCUAAGGGCGUGAUGGCAUUGUGUGACCAGCAUUGCUCAGAAUCAAUACUCGAAGUAACAGCUGCAGAUAUUCAGAAGUUAAAAAAUGUUUAUUCUCGUUUAGUUACCCGCGUUCAUAAUUUAACCAUAUCAAAAGAAAGUGGCAAUUUUGGUAUGGCCUCCAGUGUCAAUCGAUUAAAUGGCUUGCUGAAACAAUUGAACAAAGAUGAAGAGCAAAAUUUAGAUGUUUUGCGAUCAUUUCUACAUGGGAUAAAUUCACUUUGGUUAGAGUACAAACGAGAGAAGAAGGAACAAAGAAAAAAGAUGGCAAACAAAAAGGGUAAAAAUAUAAACACUCACACAGCUACGGAUAUAAUGAGAAAUGAACAGAUCCCGAGUCAAAAAAUUGAUAGUGGACGAUACUCAAAAGACAGAACAUCAAAUAAAUCUUGUCAAAAGAGUACAAAUGUUCCCAGAUCAGAACAUCAAAGUAAUAGUACAACACAGAAGACGGGACAUACUAAAGCAACUGAAAAGACAUGUUCUGACUUAACAAAAAUGUCUCAGAAUAAACUGCUAGACAAGAAAAGGAAAAGAAUUUCAACAGGACAAAAUUCAAAUCAUCAAACUCGACAACAAAACCAAUCUCAUGAAGCACAACCCAUCAACAAGACAGUUCAGACGCACAAAUUAAUGAAUCCGGUAAAAGAGCACGAUGGUUUAUCGCAAGUUCGGGAUAAGCUAACAGAGACUAUUGAUAUCAUAAAUGCAGUUCAGUCAAAUUUCAUACAAUCGAAUAAAAAGUACUUACCACCGAUUCGUAGGAAAGACACAUCUUGUCCAGAAAACCAUGUAAAAAAUGCAAAUUAUGAUAGUAGCUCUGAACGGUUGUAUGAUACAGAAUUGAAUAUGACCGAAACAUCAGUCGAAAAGAGAUAUCAGCAAGUAAGCAUAAAUUUGUUUUUAACUGAAUGUGAGAGUAAGCCUUCAAAGAAAGUGAACUAUGUAAAACGUGAUGGUAAAUACUUGUGCCGAUCAGAAACAUCAACCGCCACAUUACACGAGAUUGAGACAUUUGUUAAAAAUGAAGAGAUUUCAGAUGACAAACCACAAAUUAGCAAUAAACGGCUACUACUAAAUGAAGACACAAAGUGUGUCCAAGGACUAAAUGCAAGUUUUGAUUCUAAAAACAAUCCUACACACCAAGGAUUGUUUCAAAUUCCCUCUAACACAGUCAGAACAUUUGGACAGGAGGAAGAAGCAAUAAUAGUGGCAGAUUUGGUAGAGCAAGAUCAGCAAUGCAAAAAUUUGUCUAAUCAAGUAAAUCAUAUUGACAGAACAGUUCAAUAUGAUUCGAGUGAAAAAGAUAGUUUUGACUCUGAUGGGACACUUCCUCCUGUAGUUCCAGUUCACUCGCCACGCCAAUUCAAUAUUGCUCAAACAAUAAGUGUAAAAACCAAAACCACAAUUGGCAAUUAUGGAGACCAGGAUAAACGAGACAGUUGGCUUCAAAUUAAUGAAAAACAGCAGUUAUCUAACUUGGAACUUUUAGUAAACAGUAGAAAUGAUCAAAGAGGUACUGUAGAAUUGUCAUAUGCAGCUAACGAGAAGGAACUAGUAAGGAUGAAUAUAGAUGCUCAUAAGUCUUGUCAAAGGAAACUACCAAAUUACAUUGACUUUGACCAUUUACAUUCAUGUCAAGCGACUCAAGGUUAUUAUUCACCGACAAUUGCGUCGACCGAUGUGGAAUUAGACCUAUUGAAAAUGUCUUUCUUGACAACUGCUGCCACAUCAAACCUUACCCAAAAAUGUCUGAAACAUAGAAGUGAUCAAGAAGUGCAACAUCAGAGUUUAUGCAACAGCAAAAAUAAAGCAACGCAAUAUGAAGGUGCAUCAAAUUGCAAAGACUGGGGAACAUUGCACCACACUUCAGUUCAGACUGUAUCCCUUGAGCCGACUAGUAAAUGUGACCGACUUGUGCAAACAGAAGAAGUAACACUCGUAAGUCAAAAUUCUCAAACAGUGCUAAAACAACCACCUCGUAGAUUCACAUCCCACGUAUUUGUGACUGUGGACUUAACAGGAGGGAAAACAAGAGGACAGCUCCUAGCCAAACAUAGAAAGAAUUUUAUUAAAGGUCGAAUGCAGAUGGCACGACUUAAAAGGACUGUUCAUUUUCCUACUAGGACAAAAGGCUCUGACAUAAUUAAUAUACAUGAAGAGAAGAGUACAGCAAAUGCUGAACUUUGUCCUUUGACUUUAGAGUUGCGAAAUGGAGAUCCAGAAGUUUCAAAAGCCCAGGAAGAGUUUUUAGACAACAAACAGCAAUUAUCGCCAAUAAGGAUAUACCAUCUUUCAAAAUCGGCCGCUAGAGAUACCUAUCUGACAGAUAUCUUAAGCAACCAGCCUCGUGAAUUUCCAAAUUUCAACCAAGAAGAUGAUAAACUCGGUUUUGUUUCGACUCCAGCAUUAUUUCGUUUUAAAUCCAGGUCUGUUCCAACUGUUGUAUCAACGAGCGGUAUGAAAGAGGAAUGCAUGAAAGCUAAGUCUGCUUUGGAAAUUGGCCAUAAAGCCAAUAUAUUUGAAAUAGGAAGUAAACCAAGUAGAUUGCAUAUUUCACGAUCACCAUUCACUUUAACUGAUCAAGGUGGUUAUUUUGUUGACAACAAAUUGAAGACUGCACCUCAGGAAGAACAGCUGGCCAAAAUGCAGGAUACUGGUUCGCCUGGUCUAUCCCAACGAGUUGCAAGAAAAAGGAAAUGGUUAGGUGCUAGCAGUCGAAACAUUUCAGCCAAUGAACGAUCUUGUACUCGAAGCCCUCCAACAGGCAACAGAAAGAAAGCAUUAAGAAAACAGAGUAAGACAUCAUCUAAUUUAGAGACAACUAACUCUUUGUCCAAAGAUGGUCAUUCUUCUUCAUCUGUAAAUGACUGUGUAAAAAAUAAUUACUUUUUAGAGAAGAAUAGAACAAGACAACAUGAAAGAAUGGUUGACAGAAGACAAACUGACAAAAUUCAAAAGUAUAAAAGCGAACUAUCUUUAUUUUGGAAUAAAAUGAAUUCACAAUGCAAACAUCAUGAGGAAAAUUUAAGAAUCUCAAAAUCAGAACAAGAUUUUCCUCUCGGGACAGAAAUUUUAGGACACGUUGAACAUACACAAUUACCACAUCAAGAGAAUAAAAAGAGACCAAACAACACUGUAUUGUCCUCGUCAUGUAACGCCCGUCCAUAUUCACAUUCUGUUUCUAUAGAGUCUGAUGCUGAAACAUACCCAGAUGACUUUACACAGGUCGAUAGUACAAGCUGUGACAACGAUAGGAAUAUUGUUAUGGAUAGCGACACUGAAAAAACAGCGAGUCUCAACUUUAAAAUUAAUGACGACACAAUCUCUUUUAUUCCCAGUUCAUCAAAAAUUUCAGUUGCACAGCAAAGAAUCUCUAGUCCCGAUCAUGAAUUCACACCUGGGCUUAAAAAAAUUCAGCAGUUAAAGAUGCCGCUAAAAAUUGGUGCAGAAAAUGCAGAAAUUAUAAUAUAUUAUUCAAAAAAAGGUUCUACCAUCAAUGACAGCACUGGUAAUGAAAAAAAGGACAUUUUACUAAGCGAAACAAUAGGAUCAUUCAAGGAUAUGCUAAAUUGGAUGUUUCAAUCCGUUUUUUCACCUACAUCUGACGAACAUCCAACACAAACUAUUUCUACUUCCAAAGUGAACGACACAAUCAAUUUCACCCCACAAACUGAACCGGUGCAUGUGUAUCAAUUUAAGGCUACACCAACCACCUGCAUCCAACGUUAA